GUGUGUGUUUCGGAAUCUAACGGGCUUUUGCGGCAGUUGAAAGUUAUUUGUUUUUCUUUGAAUAAGCAGGGAGUUAAGUUUUAUUCUCUAAAUGAAUCUUCAUCUCAUUCCGAUUGGUUAUUACACGUAAGAUUCCGCUGUCUUUUCGCCAUGAGCUGCUUGGAUGUUAUGUAUCAAGUGUAUGGUCCACCCCAGCCCUACUUUGCAGCAGCUUACAAUCCUUACCAUCACCAGAAGUUGGCAUUUUAUUCCAAAAUGCAAGAAGCGCAGGAAGGCGUCAGCAGUGGCAGUUCUUUCUCCAACCUGCCCGGGCAAGCGAUAAAGGAAGAGGAUUGUGCGCGAGAGAAGGAUCAUCCUCCCGAGGCAGAAUACAUCAGCUCGCGAUGUGUGCUAUUCACCUACUUCCAGGGGGACAUCAGUUCGGUGGUGGAUGAGCACUUCAGUCGUGCUCUCAGCCAACCCAGCAGUUACGUCCCAAGUCCCGCCAGUAACAAGUCUGCACGAGGUACUUCUUUCUGGAGAGGUGACGGAUCAUUCCCCAUGAACCAGAGAAGCUUCCCUCCCUCUUUCUGGAACAGUGCCUACCAGCCGUCCGUCAGCGCAUCUCUGAGCAGCGCUCUCAGCGCCUCCCACUCCGAGCUGCCCUUCCCCGCUGACCCGUACUCCAGCGCCUCCUUGCACAGCCACCUCCAUCAGGCGACCCCGGAGCCCUGGCAUCCCUCCCACCACCAUCACCACCCCUACUCGCUUGGCGGCGCCAUUAGCACCCAGGGCUCGGCGUACCCGAGACCCAGCAUGCAUGACGUCUACGGGACACACUUUGACCCGCGUUACGGCUCACUGCUGGUGCCGUCGGUGCGGCCACAUAGACUGCCCCCGGCCUCUGUUUCCACACCUGGUGCCUCGCCAUGCGACAUCAGCAAGAGCGAGCCUGCCAGCUCCACCUGGACAGGCGCGUUCACAGGGACAGGCCCAGACAUGGGCCAGAGCCUCAGCCUCAAUGUGGAUGCAGGUAUGCCAACACAAGAUAAGAGCAAGGACUUAUACUGGUUUUAGAGCGCUGCUGCCCCCUCCUUCCUUCCUUCCUCAGCUGGCCUUACUGUCUCUCUGCCUUGUAGACUUUGACAGGCUUUUUCUGUAACAGAUUUUGAUCUCACUUGCAGCUCGACGCUACACCUUCUGUGGUGGGACCCUCCUGAGCUGAACUUAGGCCACAGAGGAAGGCCAAUCUUCAGCUAAACCCCUUUCCAGGAACCCCUCCAAUGGACAAGAGUGAGCAACAAAAAACACUGAGUCUCGUUGACCUAAC